AUGGCUCUCAUCGCAAAAGGCCUUGCGGCAAAACAGAGAGAGAGCUCUGAGUUUCAGAUCGUCGACCAGGCCAAGAAGGAGUACAACCAUCCAAGCAACUCCAUUUUUCUACGCAAGUCUGGCAUUCUCACAAAAGCUGUUGUGACGAUCUUCUUCGCCAUUGUGUUUUGGUUAAACACAAGAUCAUCCAAUUUACAUCCUGCGCCCACUAACGACUUCCAAGAUUGUUUGAAUAGAGUCUGUGGUGGCGCAAAACAAUGCGCGAGAUAUUCAAUCAUAGGACAAGAGGACGUGUUCUUAGAAUGGGUUACUCCAUUCAACCGAGCUCGACCUGUCAUUCCUGUUGCCGUUGUCCGACCCCGAAACACUGAGGAUGUCUCUGGAUUCGUAAAGUGCGCAGCAAAGCACAACAUCAAGGUGCAAGCAAAAUCCGGAGGAUUGGGAGGACAGGAUGGGUCUUUAUCAAUAGACCUUCAAAACUUGAGAUACGUGAUCGUUAACGAGACUUCAUGGGACGCCACCAUCGGGGCCGGCAGCUUGCUCGGUGAUAUCGACGAAAUCCUGGAGAAAAAAGGAAACCGGGUGUUCCCUCAUGGGGUAUGCCCAGGUGUAGGGAUCGGAGGACACGCAACAGUUGGCGGCCUUGGUCCUUCAUCCAGAAUGUGGGGAGCUACCGUCGACCACGUCCUAGAGGUCAAGGUAGUGAUUGCGAACGGGACCAUCAUCACACCAAACAGGAAGUCAAACCCAGACUUAUUCUUCGCUAUUAGAGGAGCUGGUGCAGGCUUCGGCGUUGUUACUGAGUUCAAGAUACGAACUCACAAGAAGCCACCAACGACCAUACACCUCAUCAAUCGCACACCGUAUACUAAGCUCGAUCAGAUGGUUGAGCAGUUUCUAAUAUGGCAAAACCUUACGGGGGACCCGAAUCUAGAUCCGCGUUUUGGUACCGAGUUUGCCCUAGAGCCCCAGGGUUCUAAGAUCACAGGAACGUGGUUUGGAACAAAUGAGGAUUUCAAGAAAUCGGGAAUCUCAGAAAGGCUUCCCGGCGGUCUUACGAUAGUCGAAUCCAGCUGGCUUGAGACCGCUCGCUGGCUAUACGACAACGCCCAACUCUAUCUUGCAGACAUACCUACCGAGUUUCUAUCUCGAAGCCUCGGACUGAGAGAGCAGGAUCAGCUUUCACGGGCUGCCACCGAGAAACUCUUCAGAAUGGUUAAAGAGAAGGCCAAGAAAAUCGACGCUAGAUGGUUCAUCAUAUUCGAUGCCACAGGAGGCGAGGUCUCAAAGCCUGCCAUGAGUUCUACCGCGUACGCUCAUCGUGAUAAGGUUCGAUUCUAUCAAUCAUACGGCUAUAGCCUUCGGGGGCCGUUAAGUGGACCCAAGGAGGAGCUUCUGAUGGAUAUCCAUCAGUUUAUCAUCGAAAACAUUUCUGAGGGGCCGCACACAACAUAUCCUGGAUAUGUAGAUCCAUACUUGGAGAAGCCCCAGGAAACAUAUUGGGGAUCUAACCUGCCCCGACUUCAGAAGGCCAAGACUGCAUGGGACCCUGCAGAUGUUUUUCAUAACCCCCAGAGUGUCAGGCCAUUGUUACCACCUCUAGUGCUGUUAUUUGCAUGCCGUAACCAUGCUGCGCAACAGUUUCCCAAACCCAGAUAA